AUGAACUCACUGGAAAGGAAGCUCAAGUUGCUCAAUUACAAGCCCGUAGAUAUAGGAAAGGACGAGUUCUAUUAUAUGAUACUAAAAUUGGAAGAAGAGAAAAUACGUCUGUAUAAACCAAAGGAGAGAGAAAAAAUUAACUACACCAAGGAAAAGAACUACAUCGAGCAUAUUUUGAAGUAUCUAAAAAAACUUAACAUCAAUGUGCGCAAUGUUAACAAAACGAAUAUACACGAGGUGGGUGUCAGAACCUACAUCCUGAACAGCCUGGCCACGCUGGCUUUGAUUGAUGAGUAUAAGGACCUGGUGGGCUACGACCAGAGUUGCGGAGAACAGUGUGAUAACCGUAAUUAUGAGAAUGGGAAGGAUGCAUUAAACGGUGGGACUGCUCAUCACGCUGGUCAACACAGGGCGGAUGACAGCGCCAACCUGCAGAACCAAUACAUAGUCGCAAACUUUUUCGAAUUGAAUUACCUGAACCAAGCGGAACUGGAAGAGCAGCGGAAACGAAGAGAUAACCUCCGAGUGCUGAACGAACAGAUUAACGAAAUAUUUAAAAAGUGUGACAUCCCUUUACUCGUGUGUAACGACCAGGACGGUGACAAGUGGAUGUACCUCAUCCAAUCGGCACUGCAUGCAAUUAAGGAGAAAUUAAAAAAAAAAACAAAAACCAAUAAUCCACAUUACGAAAGCUUAUUCAAUUUUAACAUAAGCUUCACCAACAGCAAUUUGAAGGACUUUGCUUACAUCACGAGGUAUUUGCUUAACAGUGUACUCAAGGAGAGAGAGACCCACCUAAAGGGGGUGCUUAACGACAUCCAAAUGUUAACGUACAACCCUGUUAUAGAUAUACGACAGGGAAAAGUGGGCAGGUGA